AUGAAGAAGCAUCAGACCCGACAGAAAACUCUCAACGAUCCAAUUAUUGUAUCACGCGUAAAAAACUACCUAGCGGAAAAUGUGGAUAAAACGUUCGUCGAUGUCAGCCAAAUGGCGCGUUCUCUCAAAGAGCGGUAUCGUGAAUACAGCAAUAGAAGCGACAACGCGUUCUGUCAGAUGGUCGAAAGCGCUUACAAGGUGGUUUUACAGAGCUACGGAUUGGACGGCGCUUCGACAUCUGAGGGGUCGGAGGAAGAAUCUGACAUAGAAUUAUUGGAUGAAAACAACAGUGCCCUCAACGACCGUUUAUUAGCGAUGUACAAGAUGCAAGAUAAGAAGCGGCCUGCGGCCUCCCGCAGAGCGACAGAUAAAUCCGGCGAGCCGAUAGACAUACUUAGCAGUGACGAAGACGGAAGCGCAGCGCCUAAAUUGCCAAAAAUUAGCGAUCAAAUUACGAUAACCCCACAUAUACCGGUUCGAAAUUCAAAUAACACGACCGCGACUGAAAAUAGCAAUAAAACAGAAGUUAUUCAGCAUACAUAUGAUAAAAAAAGAAAACCAGAUACAAACAAAAGCUCUACAUUGAAGAAAAAGUUUGAAAUAGGUGACACUAAAAAUGUUAAGGUUAGUUUUGAAGAUGUGGGAGGCUUGUCUGAUAUUAUAACUCAAAUAUGUGACCUAGUAUUGCAUAUGAAACAUCCAGAAGUGUACAAAGAAUUGGGAAUUAAAGCUCCAAGAGGAGCUUUGCUGCAUGGCCCACCGGGAACAGGGAAAACUUUAUUAGCUCAUGCCAUUGCGGGAAAACUACAAUUGCCUCUCAUAGCCGUCACUGGUACUGAACUAGUUGGUGGUGUAUCAGGUGAAUCAGAGGAACGGAUACGAGAGCUAUUUGAGAGAGCAGUAUCUGUUGCACCCUGUAUCUUGUUUAUUGAUGAAAUAGAUGCAGUGUGUGGUAAUAGGGUUCAUGCUCAAAAAGAUAUGGAAAAGCGUAUGGUAGCUCAGUUACUGGCUAGCUUAGACGGUCUAAGUGAAAAAAGUGAUAGUGCUUCUGUUCUCAUCCUUGCUGCAACCAACAAUCCUGAUGCUUUAGACCCAGCUUUAAGAAGGGCAGGUCGUCUUGAACAAGAAAUAACACUAGGUAUCCCAUCUCUAAAAGCUAGGAAAGAGAUUUUAGAAAUUCUGUGCAAAAACUUAGUUCUUGAUGCCGAUGUAGACAUGAGUGCCCUAUCACAAAUCACACCUGGUUUUGUAGGUGCUGACUUACAAGCUCUUGUUAAUAAAGCAAGUACAUAUGCCAUUAAAAGAAUUUUCUCUGAAAUUCGAAGUCAGGCAAAGGCAUCUAUUAAGCAAAAUUCAAAUGAAGUUUCCAAAACAAAUGAUGAGGUCAGUGCUAUACCCAAUGGGGAUAAAGGAACCGAUGAAACUGCAGCCGGUGAAGAUGGGAAUUCUAAAAAUUGUACCGAGGCUGAAUCAAAAGAAAAUGUAGAAGUGACAGCUCCAGCCCAAGAAAAGAUUACUGAAACGGGUGAUGAAGAACAAAAUCAUGGUGAUGGUGAACAAAUAGAAUUGACUAAUGACCCUUUAAAUGAUGUUUUAAGCCUCCUCGAGGACAGCAUGCCAUACACACCUGAGGAACUUACAGGGCUUUCUAUAAGGCAGGAAGAUUUCACAAGAGCAUUGAAAACUACAAAACCUUGUGCAGUGCGGGAAGGUAUUGUGACAGUCCCUGAUGUUACAUGGGAGGAUGUCGGCUCCUUAAGUCAAGUACGUAAAGAUUUACAGCUGGCAGUUUUGGCUCCGGUCAAGUAUCCAGAGCAGCUUAAGAAGCUUGGCUUGGCAGCGCCCAGCGGUGUCUUGCUUUGCGGUCCACCGGGCUGUGGCAAAACGCUGCUAGCCAAAGCGGUGGCCAACGAGGCCGGGGUCAACUUCAUAUCGGUCAAGGGGCCGGAGCUGUUGAACAUGUACGUAGGCGAGAGCGAGAGGGCUGUGCGCACGUGUUUCAGGCGCGCGCGCAACUCCGCCCCGUGCGUGAUAUUCUUCGACGAGUUCGACGCGCUGUGCCCCAGGCGGACUUCGCAGGACCACAACGGAGCGGCCAGGGUUGUCAACCAGCUGCUCACGGAGAUGGACGGCAUAGAGAGCCGCGAGGGGGUGUUCGUGCUGGCCGCGUCGAACCGGCCCGACAUCAUCGACCCCGCGGUGCUGAGGCCGGGCCGGCUGGACCGCGUCAUGUACGUGGGCAUGCCGGCGAGGGACGACCGCUACGACAUACUGAGGAAGCUGACGAAGGAGGGCUCCAGACCCCGGCUGGGGCCCGAUGUGGACCUGCAGGCGAUCGCGGGGCUCACCGAGGGCUAUACGGGCGCGGACCUAGCGGGGCUAGUGCGCGCCGCGGCCACCAACGCCCUCACGAGCCACAUCGCCAACGGGACCCUCGAGGGUGACAUAUUCGUCGCGUUCGAAGACUUCCGCGCGGCCCUGGCCAAAUGCAAACCGUCCGUGUCGGCCAAAGAGCAGGUGCACUACGAGAAGCUCAGACUGAAGUAUUCGGGCGUCGACGAGAAGGAAAUGGAGAUGGAGACCGAACCGACAAACGAGGAGUCAAUGGACACUGUG